AUGACAUUGUAUGAGCAGAGCACCGCGAACAGCAGGACAUCAUCAGUUUCGUUGUCAGGCAGUGACGAUGACGAGGGGAACGAUCAAGUCGCCAUAGAAGAAGACUGGAGCCAUCAACGGAACAGGCUCUAUGAUCGAGAGGAUCAACGGCAGCUGUUGCUGGACCGCUAUUACCGCGUAAGAGAUUGUUUUCGAACAGACAAAGGAGAGCCUUCGCAACUUGUUUUGAUAAAUGGAAAGUCAGGUAUUGGGAAGUCUGCUUUGGCAAUCAGCAUUCGGGAAGACAUUCUUUCCGAUGGAGGGUUCUACAUUUCAGGAAAGUUUGUGCCAGAAUCAGACAACCAGCAGUCUCAUCAGCGACAACCAUUCGCUCCCUAUGUCAGCGCUCUCAACGAAUUGGCACUGCAGAUUUCAGAUCGAGAAAGUCUACUUCAAAAGAUUCGAGAAAGACUUGCUGGCGAUGAACGAGACUUUCGGGCAGAGGAACUGCACUUGUUACUUCGAGAUUUGGUCCCUUCCAUGUCGUCACUCCUGCUGCCUUCAGAUGAUGCUGACAAGGCCGUCAUCACAAAAUCUACACGACAAAAAGCAAAUGCAAAGACACAUGCGUUCACAGUCUUCUUCCGUCGCUUUCUAAAUCUAUUCCUGAGCUGUGCAGAUGCUCCUCUCGUGAUCCUUCUAGAUGAUAUCCAAAGAGCUGAUCCCGAUGCUUUGCUUCUCUUGGAGUCUCUGCUACUGCCGACACCUCCAAACUCCAGUGAAACUGAAGACAGCAACCGCAACGAGUACCCUGGUCUCGUGCUCAUGGCAACUUGCCGGUCCAACGAGGUGGCAUUUCGAGAUCCUCUUUCGGAGAUGCUGCGACGAGUCGAAGACAACGGAACUCAAAUUGUCGAUAUCAGACCAGCAAAACUGGGAAUGGACGCCAUCUCUCAAAUGAUUGCCGAUUCCACUGGACUGCCGUCACAUGAUUGUCAUCCAAUGGCAUUGCUUGUCAUGCAGGAAACAAAGGGAAAUGCCUUGUUUGCACAUCAGUUUAUUCAAUCGCUCAACUGUCGUUUGGAAACAAUGGAAGGAGAUGACCUUGACGACAACCUUAGCAGUGGAGGAUCCGAGUCGGAAGAAGAAUCCAAACAGAGCGGUUUGUCCAAUUCAACAAUCUCAGAUCAACGAAUAGCCCGCUGGAUAGCUCGGCAAAUGAAACGAUUGCCGGAAGUGGCACAGUAUCUGCUCAAAGUGAUAUCAUGCCUCGGAGGACAAUUCGAUCUACUGCUCCUAGAACGAACUUGUAGCCUGUCUGCGAGUGAAGUGCAGCGGGCCCUAACGAUUUGUGUUGCUCAAACGUUCAUCCACUACGAUUCUGACCAGCAAAGAGGAGAAAUGACACACGACAAGUUCCUCGAAGCCGCUGCUGCCCUCUUGUCAGCAAACACUUCAGAACGGGCACUCUUUCAUCUGCAGUUGGGACGCAAUCUACAGGAGAGCUGCGCUUCAGACAACAGCAUCAUGCAGACAUAUCAAAUUCGAAUCGUGGACUUGAUGUUGGUGGGAAAAGAGGAGCUACACAAUUCACGGGAAAGAGAAAACUUGGCACUCUGGUGCUUGCAAAUAGGAAGAGAAGUUGCAAUGAAUUCUUCCUUUGCCGCAUCUUGUGCCAUUGACUACUUUGAGCGUGGUCUUGAGUUGCUCAGUCGACGACGCUGGAGGGAUCAAUACGACCUCAGCUUGGCUCUCACGAAUGCAACCGCUGAACUAGCCUAUUGUCAAGGGAAUCACAGUCGUGUCCAAACGUUAGUAGACGAAGUACAAGCCAACGCCAAAUCUUUCAUGGAUCAAGUCCAAGCAUGCAUGACUUCUAUUCUGUCUCUCGGCGCACAAAGUGAAUUUGACAAGGCCAUUGCUCUAGGGCAGAAUGUACUCGAGCAACUAGGACAUCCGUUGCCUCGGAGGAUUGGAUUGUUUGGUGGUAUUCACCGAGAGCUGUCCAAGACCAGGAAGAUGUUGAAUGGGUUUGAAGAAAGCGACAUUUUGAACCUUAAACCUAUCAAGAAUCCAAAAGCCAAGGCCGCCAUGACUGUUAUACAAAUAUUGCAUCCCGUAUUUGCGUCAAGCUAUCCGCCAUACACGGUGUUUACCGGAUCGCGUCUAGUACGUUUGACUCUCCAAUUUGGGUUCUCACCAACGAGCGCCAUUGGUUUUGCACUAUACAGUCUAACAUUAACACGCUUGGGGAAUUACGGGGAAGGCAAAAUCUAUGGAGAAUUGGCGGAGAGGCAAACUGAGAUGCACAACUGUCGAGAUUGUGAAGCCAAAAUUUUCUUGACCUUGGGGAUGGGGCCAACGUUUGCGAAUAGACCGUUCCCUGGUGUCUUGAGCCAUUUGCAACGAUCCCACGUGAAAGGCCUACAGACGGGUGACAUCGAGACGUCUAUGAGGGCGGCGGCUUGCUAUGUCUGGAUCCGAUUCAUGAGCGGCGCCCCGUUGCUUGACGUGAAGCGGGCAUUGAUUGAAAGCAUGAGUAUGUGUGAUGACCACGGCAGUUCGACAUCCAAAGGUUUUGUGUCACCCUGUGAUAUGAUUUGCACGGCCCUGAUGGGGAAAACGCAGGAAUCGUUGAGUAUGGAUCGAGUUGGAAGCCUUUGUCGAAUGGAACCCAAUGGACCGAAACUUUUCUGCACUCUAUGUGGCUUCUUGGUCGCUGGAAUGUACUUGAACAAGCGUGACUUUGCACAUCAAGUGACCAUCGAGCUCUACAAGCGGAGAAAAGCGUUUCGAGAUGUGGGUCCGUUUUUAAGGUCACACUGCACAUUUUGGCAAGCCGUUGUCUUCGCUUCGCUGGGAAGCAGCAGGAAGUGCACUCGAAGGGCCAGAAGACUGCUGGCCAAGUUGCUAAGAUGGGAGGCGUGCAAUCCUCCUAUCUUUACUGGAAAGGUUUGUUUGGUCGAGGCGCUGCUCGAUGCAAAUGCUGGUCGGAAGGAUCGCGCCCUCUCACUUUUCGAGGAGGCUGUCCGUCAUUCUGAAAAGCAUGGAUACAUUGGUGAACAAGCGCUUGCCCUCGAAAAGGCUGGGAUGAUGUUGGUUGACAUUGCGUCUGCAGCCGAUGCGAUAACGUACUUGGCGAAGUCGCGUGAGAUUUACCGGAUAUACGGAGCGGCGGCCAAUGUGCCGCGGCUUGACGAAGCGAUAUUAUUAGUAGAGCGAUCAAUCCCCCAAUAA